ACCAGGUGGGGAGGCCGGAGAUAAUCUUUUGGGGCAGGAAUCGUCAAUUCUCUUCCCUGAGGAAAGUCCCUGGACCGCUGCCGAUAUGAUAGUGUACUUAACACUCCUGUUACCCCAAGUUUAGCCCAAAUAGGGCUGUGGGAGGCCCAACUCAUUGACAGGCAGGAGGAGGCAGGCACCAUGGUGACAGAGCAAGAGGUGGAGGCCAUAGGACGGACACUGGUGGACCCCAAGCAGGCUCUGCAGACCCGUUUUCGAGCACUGUUCACGUUGCGUGGAAUUGGCGGCCCAGGUGCCAUCUCUUGGAUUAGCCAGGCCUUCAGUGAUGAUUCUGCCUUGCUCAAGCAUGAGCUAGCGUACUGCCUGGGCCAGAUGCAGGACUCCCGAGCCAUCCCUGUGCUGGUGGAUGUGCUGUGUGACACCCGUCAGGAGCCCAUGGUGCGCCAUGAGGCAGGGGAGGCCUUGGGAGCCAUCGGGAACCCAGAAGUUCUGGAGCUGCUGAAGCAAUAUUCUACGGACCCUAUUGUUGAGGUGGCGGAGACAUGCCAGCUGGCUGUCCAGAGGCUGGAGUGGCUGCAAAAGCACCAUGGGGAGCUGGUGGCAGGGCCCUACCUCUCAGUGGACCCAGCCCCACCGGCUGAGGAGCAUGAUGUGGGGCGUCUGCGGGAGAUGCUUCUAGACGAGACCCAACCACUCUUCAACCGCUACCGGGCCAUGUUUGCACUGCGCAAUGUAGGUGGCAAGGAGGCUGCCCUGGCACUGGCUGAAGGCCUGCACUGUGGCAGUGCCCUCUUCCGUCACGAGGUUGGCUAUGUCUUGGGCCAGCUGCAGCACGAGGCAGCUGUGCCCCAGCUGGGAGCUGCCCUGGCCUGCAGCUCCGAGAACCCCAUGGUGCGGCACGAGUGCGCCGAGGCCCUGGGUGCCAUUGCCCGGCCUGCCUGCCUGGACAUGCUACGGGCUUAUGCAGCUGACCCUGAGCGCGUGGUGCGAGAGAGCUGCGAGGUGGCUCUGGACAUGUACGAGCACGAGAACCAGGCAGCCUUCCAGUACGCUGAUGGGCUGGAGCAGUUGCGUCAGGCCCCCUCCUAAACCCUCUCCAAUCGCCUGGCUUGGGCUCUCUGUGGACCCUCAGGACUGCUUCUCCCCCGCAGGACUUAGGCAUCUAAACUGGGUUUUUGUAAAUCAGAUGUCAUUUGUUGUCUCUUGCUGCGCUGCACUGUGAGCUGUUUCCCCACCUUCCUGUGCCAUCCAGCUUCACAGUUGCAUUUGCACCUGGACUCUCCCCACCAGGGCCCAGAGCAGGGCUACAGCGUGGAAGGUUCCAGGUAUAGGGGUGGGACUCUGGGAAAGAAUUCAGGAGGUGCAGCUCAGGAUGGGGGUAUCUUGAGAAAGAGGGUUUUAGAGGCACCCAGGAGCAGAGCAGCAAAUGGGGCACAGGGUCUGGGGGCCUCAGACCCCCUGGGGAGGGACAGGGAGGUGGUUCCUUCGUGGGUUGGGCCAGGGGCAUAGGGGCCGAGGAGGGGCAGGCAGACCCCAGGGGCUGGGGAGAGAUACUGCCCAAAUGGAAUAUUAAAUUAUUUUUGGCAAGUGAUGACUCUUCUGAGUGU